CCCUUCGCUUCCUCAUCUGCGAGCUGUGAGCUGCGGCAAGGAUCCAAGCCACAGGCAGGACAGGAUGCAGUCCAAGCACCGGGUCUUCGCGGAGGACCUGCUCCUGGCGGCGGAGGGCGAGGACCACUUCGACCGGGUGCCCGACUCCCUGGUGCUCCUCAUCUUCAACAAGGUCGCCGACGCGCGGUCGCUGGGGCGCUGCUCCGCGGUGUCGCGCCGCUUCAACGCGCUGGUCCCGCUCGUGGACGACGCCUGCCUGCGCAUCGACCGCGUCAUCCCCGCCGGCGACGGCGACGGCGACGCGCUCCUCGGCCUCGCGGGGGCGCCGCGCCCGCGCGCCGUGCUCUCGCACCUCCUCAAGGCCGUGCUGCUCGCCGUGCUCAAGCCCUUCGCGCACUGCGACGCCAAGUCCGCGGCGGCGGCGCACAAGCACGCGCAGGCGCAGGCGCAGCAGCAGCACCACUCGCCGGCCCAGGUGCUCAAGAACUUCAGCAGCAUCCGCAACCUCCGCAUGGAGCUCCCCGUGUCCGACGUCGGCACCGACGACGGCGUCGUGCUCAGGUGGAAGGCCGUGUUCGGCAGCACGCUGCAGAGCUGCGUCAUCCUCGGCGGCACCAAGGUGGACCGGGCCGCCGCGGGUCCCCGCGCCCCCACCGGCGCCGACGCCGACGCCGAGGACGCGGGCGACGGCGGCGGCGGCGGUGGCAGCAUCCCGGAGUCCUUCUACACCAACGGCGGGCUGAAGCUGCGCGUGGUCUGGACCAUCAGCUCGCUCAUCGCCGCGGCUACCAGGCACUACCUCCUCCGCGAGAUCGUCAAGGAGCACCCCACGCUGGAGCAGGUCGCGCUGACGGACGCCAACGGGCAGGGCACGCUCAGCAUGGGGCGCGAGCAGCUGAAGGAGUUCAGGGACAAGCCGCUCGCCGCGGCGGCCGCCGCCGCCAACCGCACGCAGGUGCCCGCCUGCAACAUGAAGCUCCGCUACGCGCCGCUGCUGGAGCUGUCGGACGGCACCAGGAUCCACGGUGCCACGCUCGUGGUCAUCAGGCCCGUCGGCGAGGCCACCGCGGGCACCGGCGGCGGCGGCGGCAGGAAGGGUCUCGACGAGUUCGCCGCCAACGCCUUCGACGGGCCUCUCAGGGAGGCCGUGGCCGCGCUCAGCAAGCGUCGCACCUACCUGCUCGAGAUGAACGGCUUCUAGUCUCCUUGGCCAAUGGCCAUCUCUCUCUCCUGCGCACGCGCGUCGUCUGCUGCAGCAGCAAGACCCCCCAGCGCCGCCGCCUCCGUUGGUUUUAGCCUCAGCUCGGUCCUGAUCGGGGGAACACUGAGGUGUUCCGUCCUUCUCGAAUGUCGCAGCAACCAACGCUGAUGUCUCCUCGGACCAUUGUGAAAAUAGUAGUGUAGCGAAUGGAGUGGGCGGCGCCAGCAGCAAAGCUUUUGCUACGUUUUGAACAGGAUGAAAACAGUCACUGUUUUCAAUCAAAUGUUGUCCGAGAGUACUGUACAAGUUUCUGAGACGAAAUCACGGU